CAGGUGAAAUGUUGAUGGGACGAAUUCUAUGCCGGGUCACUCCCCGCCAGCUGAUGGCCACGCGACUUUUCACAACCACAUUGCGCCAAUGCGAAAGGGAGAAGACUCCCAUCCAGGAGUGGGGUUGGACUUAUCUUCAUAAACAGAAGGCUCUUGGUCGUCCAAUUGCUCCUCAUCUCAAGGUGUACAAGCCCCAAUUAACCUGGAUGUUGUCGGGAUUAUUCCGUGUCACCGGUUGUGUGAUGGCCGGAGUACUCCUUUUUGGAGGUAUUGGAUUUGCUGUUCUUCCUUGGAAUUUCACACAAUUUGUGAACUACAUUCGAAGCUGGCACAUUCAUCCAAUCAUCACCUCAGUAUUCAAGUUUAUAAUUGCAUUCCCAAUCAUUUUCCACACGAUUAAUGGACUUCGUUUCAUGGGUUUCGAUCUCGCGAAAGGAGUCGCUGACAUCGGCCAGAUCUACAGAACCGGAUAUUAUGUGACCGCCAUCUCUCUGCUUAUCUCCCUUUAUGUGGUUUACCAGGCAUGGCCACAAAAGAGGUCAAGAACACUUAUCUUCCCAGAUUGA